UCCCAGCAGGGGGGCGGAGAAACCGUUCUUGCGCCUGCGCUCUGCACCACUGCGCGCUUUGGCACCCACUCGAGGGCCUUUGUGCGCGUGCGCGCUCGCGCUCCCGCCCUCUCGCUGCGCUCGGCUGAGUCAGUCAGUCAGUCUGUCGGAGUCUGUCCCGGGAGCAGGCAGAGUGAAGGGACUUGGGCAAGCCAGUUGCCGGAUUAUUUUAUUUUCCCUCCCUUUCUUCCGCCCCGUGUCUCUCUUCACCCUUCUCCCGCCCUCGCUCGCGUAGCCAUGGCGGAGCCGUCGGCGGUCACUCAGUCCCCUUCCAUCUCCUCCUCGUCCUCCGGAGCCGAGCCGUCUGCGCUCGGCGGCGGCGGCGGGAGCCCGGGAGGCUGCCCCGCCCUGGGAACGAAGAGCUGCAGCUCCUCCUGUGCGGAUUCCUUUGUUUCUUCCUCUUCCUCUCAGCCUGUAUCUCUAUUUUCGACCUCACAAGAGGUAUUGAGCUCUCUUUGCUCCAGUGAGCCAUCUUCAGAAAUUAUGACUUCUUCCUUUCUUUUAUCUUCUGAAAUACAUAAUACUGGCCUUACAAUACUACAUGGAGAAAAAAGCAAAGUGUUAGGGAGCCAGCCUAUUUUAGCCAAUGAAGGAAAAGACCACUUGGAUCUAAAAGAUACGAAAAAAAUGGAAAAGCCCCAGGGGACCAGCAACAACGUAUCAGACUCUUCAGUUUCUCUUGCAGCAGGAGUUCAUUAUGACCGUCCUUCUAUUCCAGCCAGUUUCCCAGAGCAUCCUGCUUUUCUCUCAAAGAAAAUUGGUCUAGUGGAAGAGCAAAUAGAUAAAGAGACCAAGAACCCAAAUGAGGUAUCAAGUAGGGAAGCUAAAACUGCAUUGGAUGCUGAUGACAGAUUCACUUUGCUAACAGCCCAGAAACCACCUACUGAGUACUCUAAGGUAGAAGGCAUUUAUACAUAUUCUUUGUCCCCAUCCAAAGUUUCAGGAGAUGGUGUUAUUGAAAAGGAUUCCCCUGAAUCACCAUUUGAAGUAAUUAUUGACAAAGCAGCAUUUGAUAAAGAAUUUAAAGACUCAUAUAAGGAGAGCACAGAUGAUUUUGGUAGCUGCUCUAUGCACACUGAUAGAGAAUCAUCCGAAGACAUUUCAGAGACUAAUGACAAGCUUUUUCCACUGAGAAAUAAAGAGGCAGGACGUUACCCAAUGUCUGCAUUGCUCAGUAGACAGUUUUCACAGACAAAUGCAGCACUGGAAGAGGUGUCUAGAUGUGUGAAUGAUAUGCAUAACUUCACUAAUGAAAUACUGACUUGGGAUUUGGUUCCCCAAGUGAAACAACAGACCGAUAAAUCCUGUGACUGCAUCACAAAAACUACAGGACUUGUCAUGAGUGAAUAUAAUUCAGAAAUUCCAGUUGUAAAUCUUAAAACUAACACUCAUCAGAAAAUUCCUGUAUGUUCUGUUAAUGGGAGCACUCCCGUCACUAAAUCAACAGGUGAUUGGGCAGAAGCAUCUCUCCCACAAGAAAAUGCUAUCACUGGAAAACCUAUAGCAGAUCCUCUCAGUUCCGCAAAAGAAUUCAGUAUCAGAGGUGUACAAGGCAAUACGCAGAAACAGGAUGACAUACUUGCAGAAUUACCCGGGACUACACCUGAGAAAUGUGACUCUUUGGGUUCUGGAGUGGCCACAGUGAAAAUGGUUUUAUCUGAUGACCACCUGAAAGAUGAAAUGAACUGGCAGAGCUCUGCAUUGGGAGAAAUCACAGAGGCCGAUAGUUCCGGUGAGUCUGAUGACACUGUAAUAGAGGACAUCACAGCAGAUUCAUCAUUUGAAAAUAACAAAAUUCAGGCUGAAAAACCUGUUUCCAUUCGAAGUGCUAUUGUAAAAACAGGUGAAAGAGAAAUCAAAGAGACUCCCAGUUGUAAGAGAGAAGAAGAAACAUCUAAAAACUUUGAGGAGUUGGUCAGUGCUUCUGAACUACAUCAAGAUUGGCCUGAUACUCUUGAAAGGAGUCCAGCUGGUGAGGCAGCAUGUUCAAAAGUACCCAAUAUGAAUAUCUCUGUAGAUGUGAAGCAGUCAGAUAAAGUGAGUGAAGUUGUGCCUGAAAAGCCUAUUACUACUCAGAACCCCAAACUUCCUUCAGUGUCUCCAGAUGUUUCUAAUGAGACAGAAUUCUCAUUAAAUAUGACAACAUCUGCCUAUUUAGAGUCAUUAGAUGGGAAAAAUGUUAAACAUAUAGAUGAUUCCUCCCCAGAGGACCUAGUAGCAGCCUUUACAGAAACCAGAGAGAAAGGAAUAGUAGCUAGUGAAGGAAAUGCCUUUAAGGCAGGAUCAGAGAAGACCACAGACUUUAAAACAGCUCUUCCUGUAGAAAAAGUCUUACGUGAAAAUGAGCCUGGUGGUUCUGAAAUUAAAGACAUUGGAAGCAAAUACAGUGAACAAAGCAAAGAAACAAAUGGAAGUGAACCUCUAGGUGUUUUCCCCACCCAAGGUACUCCAGUAGCAUCCCUUGACUUAGAACAAGAACAGCUCACAAUCAAGGCUCUUAAAGAAUUAGGUGAAAGACAGGUUGAGAAGUCAGCUUCUGUACAGCAUGACACAGAAUUGCCUUCUGAAGAAGUGCUGAAACAAACUUUCACAUUCGCUCCAGAAUCUUGGCCACAGAGAUCAUGUGACAUCCUAGAACAUAAUGUCAAGAAUGGAUCUGAUCUUGGGAUUUCCCAAAAGCCCACUGCUAUCAGAGAAACCACUAGGGUAGAUGCUGUUUCCAGCCUUAGCAAGACUGAAUUAGUAAAAAAGCAUGUCCUAGCAAGACUUCUGACAGACUUCUCAGUGCACGAUCUGAUUUUCUGGCGAGAUGUGAAGAAGACUGGGUUUGUCUUUGGCACCACACUGAUCAUGCUGCUUUCCCUGGCAGCUUUCAGUGUCAUCAGUGUGGUUUCUUACCUCAUUCUGGCUCUUCUCUCUGUCACCAUCAGCUUCAGGGUCUACAAGUCUGUCAUCCAAGCUGUACAGAAGUCAGAAGAAGGCCAUCCAUUCAAAGCCUACCUGGACGUAGACAUUACUCUGUCCUCAGAAGCUUUCCAUAACUACAUGAAUGCUGCCAUGGUGCACAUCAACAGGGCCCUGAAACUCAUUAUUCGUCUCUUUCUGGUAGAAGAUCUGGUUGACUCCUUGAAGCUGGCUGUCUUCAUGUGGCUGAUGACCUAUGUUGGUGCUGUUUUUAACGGAAUCACCCUUCUCAUUCUUGCUGAACUGCUCAUUUUCAGUGUUCCAAUUGUCUAUGAGAAGUACAAGACCCAGAUUGAUCACUACGUUGGCAUUGCCCGAGAUCAGACCAAGUCAAUUGUUGAAAAGAUCCAAGCAAAACUCCCUGGAAUCGCCAAAAAAAAGGCAGAAUAAGCACACGGAAACCAGAAAUGCAACAGUUACUAAAACACCAUUUAAUAGUUAUAACGUUGUUAUUUGUACUAUGAAGGAACAUACUCAGUGUCAGCUUGAGCCUGCAUUCCAAGCUUUUUUUUUUUAUUUGGUGUUUUAUCCCAUCCUUUCCCUUUAGCCCUCAGUAUCAAGCACAAAAAUUGAUGGACUAAAAAAAGAACUAUCUUAGAACUCAGAAGAAUAAAGAAAGAAUCAAAUUCAUAGGAUAAGUUAAUACCUCAAUGGUGGUGGAGCUUUUACCUGUAGCUUGAAAGGGGAAAUAUUGGAGGUAAAAGAGAAAAUGAAAGGACACCUCUGGGUCCUUCUCUCCAGUUUUCAGCACUAGUCUUACUCAGCUAUCCAUUAUAGUUUUGCCCUUAAGUUAAGAAGUAAUAAUUAACUUAUGAAAAAUUUAUUUGGGGACAGGAGUAUAUCUUGUUUUUUUUUUUUCCAGCCCUCAUAUCCUAUCUUCCUGUCCCACAAUGUGAGCAGCUACUCCUGAUAUUCCUUUUCUUUAGUAACUUUCAACUUGAGGAGUAACUUAUAGGUGAUAGUGAUAAUUCCUGAUUCUGAUAAUGCCAUCUGAUAAAAAAUAGAAAUGGAAAGUGGGACUGGAGAGGGAGUCGAGAGUGCUAUAGUGGCCACCACGCCCUCUGCCGCUAUCCCCAGGGAAGGGAAGUCUCCACCAUUUGGGAAGGUGGUUUCUGUCACUGGACACCAGUUCUGAGCAUUAGUUUGAGAACUCAUUCCCGAAUGUGCUUUCCUCCCUCUCUCCUGCCCACCUCACCUUAAGUUUAAUAAAUAUGGUUGUACUUUUCUUACUAUAAAAUAAAUGUCUGUAACUGCUGUACACUGCUGUAAACUUGUUAGAGAAAAAUAUAACCUGCAUGUGGGCUCCUCAGUUAUUGAGUUAUUGUGAUCCUGUCUCAUUCUGUGGGGGGAACAUUCUCAAGAGGUGAAAUACAGAAAGAUGAUUCCCAUUUGAGGCUAAGUUUUUUCUUCACUUUCAACAUGAAAAUUCCGCAAACUUGAAAGAAAAAUCAUCGGUGAGUUCCUUCAGGUUCUCACUCAUAGUCAUGAUCAUCGAGAGGGAAUAUGCACUGGUGAGUUUAAAGUAAGGGCUACAAUAUUCAAUGGUCCCCAAGUACUGCAGCUGCAGAAAGCAGUGGAAGGAAAUCUUUCUGCGCAUUUUGGGAAAAUGAGGAAUGUGGAUGAGUGAAAGGUACCCUUGCCUUACUGUCUUAUUUUCCUAGCCUCUUCUGAGUGUUUUAACUGGUUUCCUGUCCUAGUAGGAAGUCCAUCCUCCAUCAUCAUCCUCUGCCCUCCCAGGAAGUCAAUGAUUGUCUUUUUGGGCUUCCCUCCAAAGGACCUUCUGCAGCGGAAGCACCACAUCCAAUUCUUUUCUUUUGUUGCUGCUGUGUUUAGAUAAUUGAAGAGAUCUUUGUGCCACACAGGAUUUUUUUUUUUUAAGAAAAACCUAUAGAUUAAAAAUUACUAAUGAAACUGUGUACGUGUCUGUGCGUGCAACAUAAAAAUACAGUAGCACCUAAGGAGCUUGAAUCUUGGUUCCUGUAAAAUUGCAAAUUGAUGUGGUAUUAAU